AUGAAGAUCAUCAAGUCAAAGAUCGAGAGAUUGGAGAAGCUUUUCAAAGAAGAACUUGUGCCAUUGGUACGGAAAAAGGAUGAAGAAACAUUUUGGAGAUUGUUUGAGCAUGUGACUUUUGAACAUGAUCCACUUGAUCAUGAAUCUGGAAGGGUUAUCUCCAGGUUAAAGGAAUCACUUCAAUCACUUUAUAUAGAUCCCCCUACAACAAGAUCAGCCCAAGAAUUCCCAGAAACCCAAUUCCACUUUGUCCAGAAAUCUUUACAAGCACUCAAUCUCCUCAACGAGAAAGAGUUAAUUCCACAUGCUCCCUCUGUUAUUACGAGCUUUUUCAAUUCAAAUCGGGUGGUCAAAGUAGUUGGAAAAUAUCUGGUCCAGGUGUUUGGGCCGGAAGGAUAUCCCGAUUUCCAAAGGUUGGUCUCCUUCAAACCUGACUUCCAGUUCUUGAAAACCGACCUCACUACUUCAUCUAUGCAUUGGUGGUUAAAUUAUGAUGUAGAAGAGGACGGGAUCCGGUUAUAUAAAUGGGAAGGAUUUCUGCAAGAGAGUUACAUCAAACGAUUCCACUGGAAAGGGCUCUCAAGCAGGCCAUGUGUCGAGGCCAGAAGAAGCCUGAUCAGUGAUCUUAAGGAUAUUAUCACACAAGCCUUGGUGACGAAUGAUCCGAGAGAGUUCUUGGCAAGCUUCUGGAUGGUUCGUUUUGUGAUGACUUACAGUGUUAUGGACGACUUGUCCAAGAUCCUGGCGGCUUGGAGCAAGGAUUUCAUGAUCCAGUAUCGACUGACAGAAGCUGUACUCGAGAUGCACGAGUUCUUGAACAGAUCUUAUCGGCGCCAGUCCUCCUUUUCUUCGGAAGCUCAGAUCUUCUCUAGUCUUCAACAUGAGAAACACUGGGCAAAUUUCUCGAGUCUUGUCCCAACUGAUCCACAAGAUCUAAAGAAGUUCAAGCAGAUCCAAGCCCGUUGUGGUAAACUCUUGGAGACAUUAGACGCAAACAAUCAGUCAAAAGAUCGGGUUGGGAUCAAUUCACUCUUGAAGAGUACCCUCAACCUUGACUCCCAAUUGCUGUUGAAUGGAUGGCUACAGCCGGUAAACGUUCAACUGACUAUCACCAAGUCAACCAAAUCCUCAGUUGAUUCAUUUGACAAACGACUUAGUAACACAAAACCAUCGUUUCGUCGCAAGAUCAUCAAUGAUAUAUUCAAGCCUGAAAAAAAAAAAGCAAUUUGA